CAUUCAAAAUGAUGUCCUCUCCUGAAAUAAAUGUAUGACGACACAAAAUGUUUAACUUCUAAGAAUUCUAUACAGUAAUGUUUAUUCAUAAAAUUAUUAAAUGUGUCAGCUGCUGUGAAGAGAGGGCGCUAUUACUAAUUUACUCAUUAUUUCACUAUACAGGUCGACGUCAUUGUGAAUACAACACAACAAGAUCUCAAGUUAGCCAUCGGGGAAAUCUCAAAAGCUAUAUCACAGAAGGCAGGCAGCGAAAUGCAAAAGGAAAUAGUAAAAGCACAUUAUUCACAUGUUUUAAAUGGAGAUAUUAUUGAAACCAAAGGAUGUAAACUAAACUGCUCCUCUGUGUACCACACUGUGUGUGCACAAAGAAAUGAAUAUUCAGCUGAUAAGAUCCUCUACAAUUUGGUGUUAGGAUGUUUAAGAAUGGCAGCGACAAGUGGAUGAAGGUCAAUCUCUUUCCCUGCUAUUGGUACAGGGCAGCUAGGAUUCCAUAAACAGGAGGUUGCCAAGAUCAUGACCGGUGCUGUGGUGGCGGCUGCCCAGAACCUCCAAGAGAUGAGGAUGGAUAUCUAUGUUGUCGUUUAUCCAUCUGACAAGGACACAUUUCAGGCUUUUAAAGAUCAACUAAAAUCUCACCAAGACGCAAUGAAAUAUCCUAGCUCCUUGUCACGACUUCUCCCGAAGUCGGUCACUCUCCUUGUUCGGGCGGCAUUUGGUGGUCGACGUCACCGGUCUUCUAGCCAUCGCCACUCCACCUUUCAUUUUCCAUUUGUUUUGUCUUGUUUUCCCACACACCUGGUUCACAUUCCCUCAUUGGACUAAAUGUAUAUUACCCUCUGUUUCCCCAUGUCUGUGUGUGGAAUUGUUCUUUGUGUGGGGUGUUACGCUACAGGCUGGCUUGCGCUAGGUUUGUUUCAAACCUAGGUUUGUUUAUUUUGUUUAGUCCGGUUCAUGUUACUGUGGUUGUGCUUUGUGCUGCCUCGCCUGUGCCUUUGGGCCAGGGUGUAUAUUAAAGUUCUCCUGUUAUCACCCAUCUCUGCUCUCCUGCGCCUGACUUCCCGGCAACCAGUCACUCACCCCGUUACACUCCUCCAACAGUGCCUCCUCUCAUGGUGAGCCCCCAGUCAAAAGAAGUAGGCUAAGUGGUUGAUACAACACAUUAUACAGUAUGGUACAAUGUUCUAUCAUGUGAUACAACAUUAUAUUGAUACAACAUACAGUAUAUUUUUUAUCUACAGUUACUAAACCAGCUCAUGCAGCAUUUUCGAUUUUGAACAGACUUAUGCUUUCAUGUCUCGUCUGCAAGGAUUUGGCCAUGCAACUGAUCAGUAUGAGUCUCCAAGGGGAGGCGCAACACCACAUAUCGAGCUCAGCAGUGCCCACAGUGACACGUUGAGGGAGGCCACAUUUUGGCUCACUUUUAUAAUGUCCUCUGAUAGCUUCACCAUUCACAACAAUUUCAUCCAGUGCUUUGGCCAGACAGAGUUUGAUGAGUUGCUGUCCUUUCAGACCAAGUGGAAGGUUUCCAUCGAGGAGAACUUAAAAGAUGGCUGUGCCAGCAUCACCAUCCAGGGGGCUUCUAGAGGUGUCAGGGCUGCUGUGUUAGAGGUGGAAGCCAUGUGCUGCAAAGUCCAAGAGGAUUUUACAAAAGAACUGGAGAAUUUGAUGGGCCUGAAAUCUCCCACCAGUUCCCCAAGGAAGCCUGUAGACGAUAACAGCUUGGAACAUAGAGAAAUACAACGCCAUUUUUCUGGGUUUCUAAUUGUCAGGGUUGAGAAGGUGGAGAAUCAUACUCUGAGGCAGCUCUUUGACCUUAAGAAGUUGCAGGUGUCUACCUCUCCUCACCGGAUGUACCAUUGCCUGCCAGCGCAAUUCUGUGACCUGCUCAGCAGAGUGGGUUUCCAGAAGGAGUUCGCACCACCUGACGAACAAAAGCUUGGAAAGGGGAUCUACUUCAGUAGCAGUGUGUCUGGAGCAGAGAAGCUGUGGCUGACGAGCUUCCCUGAUGAAGAGUACCUGUACUUCGUUGAGGCAAAGGUGCUGACUGGGAAUUCAACAGCUGGCUCUCCAGAUCUUAUUGUGCCACCUCCCUUUGGCAGAGACCCUCUCACCCUGUAUGACAGCAUUGAAGAAGGUCUAGCCACCUUUGUCAUUUUCAAUGGUCACCAGGCCCUACCUAACUAUCUGAUCACCUGCAAAAAGCAUUCAUCAUCAUUUAUGUCGCUAGAACCCUUAAGUGGUUGGGUCGAUAAUCUGAAAUAAUUGUCUCAUGAAAUCAUUUUGUUUUAAAAGAUCUUUAUUUUCUUCAGUGAUUGUCUAUUCUAUUAAUAUAUGCAGGAAAACUGGAUUUGAUCCACCAAUUUAUGAAAUUCAGAAAUAUUUGCAUCACAUGUAUAUUGUUUAUUAAUUCAUCAUGGUUUAGUAAAACAUUUUGGCUUCGGUAUCAGCGCUAUGGUUUCAGUUUAUAACCAACAAAAUGUUAUUGCAGUUUGAAUUCGUAAUUUUCUAAUGAAUGCAUUGUAAAUAUGUUAUAACUUCUUAUGUUAUGUCUUUGGCACAAGGUAAUUUGCUUUUAUUACACUGGACUAUAUAUACAAAAGUAUGUGGAUACCCUUCAAUUUAGUGGAUUCGGCUAUUUCAGCCAUACCAUUUGCUGACAGGUGUAUAAAAUGGAGAAUUUGGUACAUUUGUACAAAUUUACCUAGGUAGAUAGGCAGACAGUAUCUAGCUACAGCCAUCUCUGUCAGGCAUGCUUAGGUAAAUAUUUUUUAUAGUAUAACCAGGGUAUAAGUUUGAGAUUUAGCAAAUUGUAUUAUUGUUUCUUGUCACUGCUAGUAAACUUAGCUAGCUAGCUGGAUAACCAAUAAUUGUUAUCUGCAUCUGUUUGAAAUCCUAUCUUGCGUCAUGCCUAUAAUGUUGUGAGAUUGAAGUACAUCCACGGUCCUAAUCACAACCAAUGUCAACCCUCGUCAAUUAUGUUCCAUAGCUGGCUACUAAAAUUAUUUACAGUUGCUGAUGUUGCACAUGUUUGCUAAACAGUUGCUGAAAAGUCAGAAGCUACUCUUCCUGGGGUCCAGCAACAUUAAGGCAGUUAUAUACAAUUUAAAAUAUUACAUGAAAUUACAAUUCAUAACACUUCAUAACACAUUAAGUGUGUUCCCUCAGGCCACUACUCUACUACCACAUAUCCACAAUACAAAAUGAAUGUGUGUGUAGAGUGCGUGUCUUAUCAUGGGUAUGUGUGUGUGUCUCUUCACAGUCCUCGCUGUUCCAUAAAUUGUAUUUUUAUCCGUUUUUCUAUCUGAUUCUACUACUUGCAUCAGUUACCUGAUGUGGAAUAGAGUUCUAUGUAACCAUGGCUCUACAUUGUACUGUGCGUCUCCCAUAGUCUGUUCUUGACUUGGGGAUUGUGAAGAGACCUCUGGUGGCAUGUCUUGUGGAGUAUGCAUGUGUGUCCGUGCUGUGUGCUAGUACACUGCUCAAAAAAAUA